AACUGCAGUUGCCUAUACCAUGCUGAUCCAUCAGCUGUUCAUUAUAUAAAUGUUUGUUAUUAUUAGUUCGAAAAGAAAACGUUAAAGAGAUGGAUUUCGACGAUCUCGAAUUGGAUUUCGAUCCUAUUGCCGGUUUCUAUAAAACCAAAUUGGAUACCUGGAGGAGCACCAAAGACGAUUUGGAAGCUACCAAGGAAAAGUUGAAGGAAUUGGUUUUAAAGCUAAAAUCGGGCAAUUAUGUUCAGAGCGAAGAGGGAAACGUGAACAUUUCCAAUGCUUGGAAACGUAUUUGCAAUGGGAAAUGCGUUUUCGGUUUGGAUGUGAAAAAUUUAUCUGAAGGAGCAUUAACAGAUAUUACCGUGGUACUUCAUUGGACUCCAGAAAUAAGAAGAAACUACUCAUCAAGUGUAUAUGCAGGGAGUAAAGUUACGAAUGAGAUUGAGAGAUCAGCGCUGCUGAUCGUGUCCGUCGAUGAGCCGAAAUUCGCGAGGUAUUCGCGCUACGAUUGUCGCGGAAUUUUGGUAUUCAAGAGGAAAGGUGUGGAUGGUCAAAUCAACCUACCUGGAUUCGCGAUCGAUGUAAAAGAUUACACGAGCCGCAUCGACGUGAAAACCGUGGAUUUGGCGAACGGAGAUGUUAAUGCUCUUCUUGCAUCUCUCUCCACUUUAAGCGAGAUCACGGUUCACGCGGAUUUAGCCGACGACAAUUUGGAAUCGAAACUAAUAGUCGACUCGAUGCUCAGACUUAUAGAAUUCGGAGCGGACAAGUAUUUCUUGGCAGACGACAUAGGCGACACAGUCAAUGGAUCCAUUAUUAGGUACCGCCGAAGCGGCGAUGGUUACGACAUAACGAUUUUCUUCAGGGACACCGGCAAUCUGGAGCAUUUAUUGCACCAUUUACAUUCCACGAUAACCCCGAGCAUUAACAUUCUUCCGUUGCGGCCGGAUUCCGAUGCUCGAACCGGGGAUUCGCUGUCGAAAAAAAUCAUCGGUACGGAGGCAAUCACCAGGAAAUUCGGGGAAUGCCUUCGCGAACAAAUUAACAUCGCUUCCACUUUCCAAAGGAACUUCGUUGAUGCCUCCUGCCACGACCCGAAUGCCGAUGUCACGGAUAUUUAUCGGAAAGCCAGGACCAAACUAAUCGAACGCGAAUUGGCUACAGAUUUAUUGUACGAGCGUCUCGAAUCACCCAAAUAAAUCUGCUCAUCCGCAAUUGCAGGAGAAAUAACACGUACCGCUUCUUCGAAGUAAAUAAAUAUUUAUUGAUAUCGUACUUGAAGUAACAGACAGAGAAAUAU